AAUAUAAUAGCUAAAAAUAGAAAAAGGGAUUUACAUAUAUAAAUGUAACAUAUAGUAACUGUUUCAAUCGGUAUCAUGUCUACAAAACUAACAUAUGCUAAUGGCAGGGGUAAAGCGGAAAUAAUCAGGAUCAUUUUGGCAGAAGCAGGGUUAGAGUACGCCGAGGAAUAUCUUACCAGCAAAGAACAAUGGGAGGAGUUGAAAAAGAGUGGUAAAUUGCUAUACAAUCAAGUACCCUUACUGGAGAUAGAUGGUUUAGAGUUGGUACAGACUGGAGCUAUUGCUAGAUACCUAGCCAGGAAAUACAACAUGUAUGGUUCAAACGAUCAAGAGGCUGUCAAAGUAGACAUGUACUAUGAAGGAUCUAGGGACUUUUAUGCAGUUUUCGUAGCUAUGGUCUUCACAGAUGAAAACGAAUGUUUGAAAAAGGCUAAAGAGGUUAUGGUACCAAAAUAUUUUCCUGUAUAUGAAAAGAUUUUGAAAAGUUGCACUACAAAAUACCUCGUUGGAGAUUGUAUAAGUAUUGCGGAUUUAGGGCUGCUUGAGUGCAUGUUGGCUGUAGAAGAAUUCCUUGGAAUGGAAUUAAUAGAUGCAUACCCUAAACUGAAGGAAUACUAUCUAAAACUGAAAGCUUUAGACAGAAUAUCCACAUUUUUGAAAGGACCACACAGGAAGAAGAGGAAUACUGAAGAAUAUGUGGCCGAAGUCAGAAAAGUCUUAUUCUGAAGAUUUAAAUCCAUACCAAGUUAUUGCGUGUAAUGUUCAUGUUUGCUCUUGAAUAAAUUCAUUAUCACGA